CAUAGCCGUCUCUUCCGGUGGUUAGUUCGCAGUUGGUUGCUUUCUACGAGUUUACCAGCCUUCAGUCCCUUCAGUCUUAAAUUCGGUCUUCAUCCUGACACUAGUCCAUCGCAAUCACAAUAAUUUUUGUACUUUUUUACUGUGACAGAAAAAAUUAACAGCUGGUGUAGAGAAGAGCUAUGAGUCAAGACCAAGAAAAAGACGCGAGUAUGGAUAAAAAAGAAAUAGCUGAAGAGGAGCGAGAAAAAAUGUUGAAUGAAGAAAAUACAAAACAUACGGGAUCAACGCCAGCUACUGAUGAAACUGAAGAGAAGCCAAAGAAAAAAAUUCCCAUUGGUGGAAUAAAGAUGCCUGGGUUUUGUCGAACGAAGAGCAAAGAGCCAUGCAAGGAGGAGGGAAAAGCCGAGACUACUGAAGAACCCGGCGCCGAAGGUACUAAAGAAGAAAACUUGACAGAGAAGCCGACCACCCCUUCAAAAGAAAAGGAGAAGGAAAAGGAAGCGAGACGGGGGUUAUUAAACGCCAUUAGAUUGCCGCUUGUUUCGGUUUUCCCAAAGAAGAAGAAGGAAACUGAUGCAGAAUUAGGUGCAACUGCCGGCUUAGCCAGCGUCGAAACCCUCGGAGACGGAGCCGAGAAGCCCGACACCGAAGACGGCAUGGAGACAGUCCGCCUAGACGGUGGCGAUCAAACCGAAGACCCGCCAUCUAAAAAUCAUCCCCUCGCCGUCUUUAUCGCGGCCGCGCGUCGCAACCGAUUAGUCACCGCUGCCGUUCUCCUGAUUCUGCUGAUCUUCAUCAUAAUAAUCAGCGUCGCCUGCGCCGGACCCCAGCAGCUCAUCAAAGCUCCCGUGAAAGACGGAAAAGUCGAAGCGACCACUUCCUGCGGUCCCGUACAAGGCGUACUCGAGGACGGCGGAUUCGCUUUCCGCGGAAUUCCGUACGCUCUGCCUCCAGUGAACAACAGCCGCUGGAAACCCGCUGAGUCGCUCAACAGAAUCGAGUACUGCUGGAACGGAACUUAUCUCGCCCACAAUUCAUCCGAGUUCUGCUGGCAACGUGACCCCUCAGGUCGAGUUUCCGGUUCCGAAGACUGUCUCUACCUCGACGUCUUCACUCCCCAAGUCCACUACUACUCUCCCCUCCCAGUCGUCGUGAUGAUCGGCGCCGAGACGAUGUCCGGUGGAUCCCCGGGUGUGAUGCAGCCAUCAGCAAAAUUAGCCCGCGUCCGCGAUAUGGUUUUCGUCCGCCCGAAUUUCCGUCUCGGAGUUUUUGGUUUCCUCGCCGCGGAGCCGCUCACCAGGUCCAGUUACCCCCCGACAUCAGGGAAUUACGGUCUCUCUGACAUAAUCGCGGUCUUAAAAUGGGUCCAGUUGAACAUCCAGCACUUCGGUGGUGACAAAGACUCGGUAACUAUUUGGGGACAUCGUGCCGGGGGUACUCUGGUAUCAGCAAUUUUAGCAUCGCGUCAAGGCAAAGAGAAAGACAACGACAAAAAAUUAUUUUCACGCGCUUGGAUAUCAAGCAGCAGCGUUUUGUUCCCCACGAAACCACUGAAUGCCUCUGAGAGAAUGGCCGAGUCAUUUUUCAACAACAUCCAGUGCAGGGAAAUUUCCUGUCUGAGAAGUAAAUCAGCCGAGAGUAUAAUGGAGGCGGUGCCGUCAAAUUGGUACCAACAUGACACGGGAUUACCGGAACCACGGGAGGCAUCUUCUGCUGAAUGGAGACACGAGUGGCUGGUGAAUGACGGACUGAUCAUCUACGAGGACAUUCUCCACGUUUUGCAACGCGACGGACCUCCAGUUCUGACGGUGAUGGGAACUACUGCCCACGCAGCGACACCUCAGAGAUUCCGGGAACCGAACGCUACCAUAGACGCCGCCCAGGUCGAGAGAAUUGUCCGGGAUUCGUUGCUGGGAACCAGCGGUCUCGCUGACGAAGCCAUCGCGCGAUACAACGCGACGUUAAAAGGACUCGUGUCGAUGAUUUCCGACAUCCGCGUGGUCUGCCCGCUUUGGAAUUUCACUAAAUCGGUCAGCAAUGAGGACCGGGAUGUUCCGUUCUAUCUGUCGACUCAGCCGAGGGGUCACCUGGCUGAUGUUGACGACGACGUCGCUUCGAUGCUCGGGUCCUACACUGCGAGAGCUCCGGAGCAGAAGCGACACGUGUCCGCUAUCCAGCAGCUUUUCAAUCAGUUCGUCUGGCAUGGAAAGAUCGUCGACGCUGCCAAUGUCCCCAAGUCACGGACUGUAAUUGUCGUGGGUCAGGACAUUCUUCCGCAGAGGGACCACGACAAUUGCGACUUCUGGAUUAAGAAUAAUAUCGUACCUAGAUACGCGAGGUUGGAUUAAAUUUAAUGGUUUUUUUAAUGGGAUUUUGAUUUUUUAAAACGAAAUGCUUGCGAUCACGGAAAUUUGCUACACGCAAUUUGUCUGGAGGCUAUGCACGAUGUAACGUGUGAUUGUGGAUAAAUUAUUGUAUAUUGAUAUUGAUAAUUGAUACGGAUUGAGGGGAAACGAACAUCGGCGGGAGUUUUUAAAUCUGACUCGCGGACUAGUAAGGAACCGAUUUAGUGAUUUUUUGUCGAAGGAUUCGGGAAAUUUUUGGGGAAUCAAACCUUGGAAGUUUUCGGAUUUCGAUUCAAUGGAUUUUUUUUGCGAAUUUUCCGAGCUCGGCUUGAAGAGAAAGAAAAUUUGAAUUUUUGGGUGGACGGGUAGGGAAAUUUUUUUUUAAAUUUUGGAUUUUUCAAGGCUUUGGUACAUUUUUUUAGAAUUGAGAUUUUUUCUCGGGUUUUCCGGAUUUUCUUAUUGGAAUUUUCCUGGGGAAGAAAAUGAAAUUUUUUCUGUCAUGUGGGUACUGAUUUUAAAGGAAAUUUGAUCUAGAAUAAGAAAACAGUAUUCAUUUUGUGGAAAAAAAAUUUUUUGAUGAAAAUUGAAAAUUUUUUUUCAAACAAUUUUCCUGUCAUGUGGGUACUCAUUUUAAAGGAAAUUUUAUCUAGACUAAGAAUAUGGUAUUUAUUUUGUGGAAAAAAAAAUCUUUUUGAUGGAAAUUAAAAAUUUUUUUUCAAAUAAUUUUCCUGUCAUGUGGGUACUCAUUUUAAAGGAAAUUUUAUCUUGACUAAAAAUAUGGUAUUCAUUUUGUGAAAAAAAAAUUUUUUGAUGAAAAUUGAAAAUUUUUUUUUUAGACGGAAAUGAAAAUUUUUUUUCCAAUAAUUUUCCUAUCAUGCGGGUACUCAUUUUAAAGGGAAUAAAAAGUUUUUUUAUAUUCUUCAGUCCUCCCAAUUAAAAAAAAAAUCGGUCCUUGAAAUCUAGACAUCGAUAAAUUUUUUAAACCUCACUGCCGAUUUAAAAAUAAAAAAUGCUCACUUUUAUAAUUAAAUUUUAUAAAAAUUUUUCCAUACCGAUAAUAAAAUACUCAGUACACUAAAUAACUAAAUAUUAAUAAGAGACUGACAGUAAUUUUUUAUACCGAUUUUUUAUAAAAAAUUUUUUAUAAAAAAAAAAUAUAUGUAAACAACUGAUAAAUUUUCCUCCAUCCGUACAAUCAUACUUACGCAUUACUUAAAAAAAAAAAAAAAGUAAAUAAAUAAAUUAAUUUAUUGUAACAAUUAUUUCUUCACAAGAUGUGAUAAUUUAGAAUGUAUUUAUCAUUAAUAAUUAUUAAUUAUUAAUUAUUAGUUUUUAUUGAUAAAAUAUUAUUAACAAAAUAUAUCAUAUCGUAGCGGUGCAUAUUUAAUUAUGUCCCACAUGGACGUAGAUAAGCAAUACCGUGUCAACCCACAAAAAUCAUUUUAAUUUAAUAUUUUUUAAUGACUUCUUAGUAACUAAAAAAUUUUUUCUAGACCGGCGUUAAAAAAAAAUUUUUUACGGUAAUCAUUACAAUAUUUUGUGGAAAUGUUUAUCAUUCAAAAUAGUAAUCAUUACCAUAACGUUAUGGUAAAGAUUACUAUUACGAUUGAAAGUUCCUCAUAUUAUAGAAUCAUUGCCAUGAUUCACGGUAAUAAUUACUAUACUGUCAUAGUAAUCACUACCAUACUAUUAUGGUAACUAUUACCGUGACAUUAAAAAAAAUUUCUCAUAUUAUAGAAAUCAUGGCGGUAAUUUACGGUAAUAGUUACUGUACUAUUAUAGUAAUCGUUACCGUAAUAGUAUGGUAAUGAUUACUAUGGUAAUACGAGAAAUGUCUCAAUUUUAUAGUAAAUGUUAUCAUAUUAUAUGAAUCAUUACUAUAAAUACGGUAAUGGUUACCAUACUAGCAUAGUAAUCGUUACCAUUUCAUCAUAGUAAUUAUUAGCAUACUAUUGUGGUAACUAUUACCGUAACAUUAAAACAAAUUUCUCAUAUUAUGGGAACCAUGACGGUAAUAGUUACUAUACUAUCAUAGUAAUCGUUACCGUAAUAGUAUGGUAAUGAUUAACCGAAAUAGUACAGUAACGAUUACUAUGAUAGUAUGGUGAGUAUUACUACAAUAUUAAGGGAGUGAUUACCGUAAUAGUAUGUUAAUAGUUACCGUGAUAGUAUGGUAAUAAUUACUAUCGUACUAUGAGAAAUGUCUCAAUGUUAUAGUAAAUGUUAUCAUAUUAUAGGAAUAAUUACUAUAACAUACGGUAGUGGUUACCAUACUAGCAUAGUAAUCUUUACCAUUUCAUCAUAGUAAUUGUUACCAUACUAUUGUGGUAACUAUUACCGCAACAUUGAAAAAAAUUUCUCAUAUUAUAGCAAUCGUGCCGGUAAUUUACGGUAAUGGUUACUAUACUAUCAUAGUAAUAGCUACCGUAAUAGUAUGGUAAUCAUUACCCUGAUAGAAUAGUAACGAUUACUAUGAUAAUAUGAGAAAUGUCUCAAUGAUAUAGUAAAUGUUAUAUUAUGGAAAUUCUUAUUACGGUAAUAGUUACUAUACUAGCAUAGUAAUCUUUACUAUUUUAUCACAGUAAUUGUUACUAUACUAUUAUAGAAACGUGUGUCAUAACAUUUAUAAGUUACUUAUAUCAUGGGAAUCCAUACCACAGUAAUGGUUACUAUGAUAGCAUAGUAAAUAUUACCAUGAUAUUAUGGUAAUUAUUACCAUACCAUAAUGGGUCGAAAUUUCAUUGUGUAAAACCGAUGUUCAAAUUUGGAUUGACACGUUAUUGUUUACCUACGUCUAAAUAAUAAUAAUAAUAAACAUUAUUAGUAUUAUUAUUAUUGUAUUGAAUUUAAAAAAAAAGCUAUAAGUGUUAUAAUAAUAAUCGUUUAUUGUUGAUAAGAUUUUUCAAAAUUCCGUAAUUAUUAAUUUAAUUUAAUUUAAUUAAAAAUAUUAAUUGUAAAAUAUUAUUAUUUUUUCCUUUUUAUUUUAAGCUUACUGUAAUUUUUGUAAUGAUUAUUGUAAAUGUAACGAACCAAAGAGUGCAUUUGUUUAUAUUUUUAUUAUUUUUAAAUUUAUAAUUGAAUUUGUGUGAAUAAUGAGCACUCUGUAGCGUAAUUGUGUUGUAUUAGUAUUCAUUUAAAUAAAUAAAGACAUUUUAAU